CGUAACACAAGGAAUACAUGUGACGUUUGGAGAAGUUAUGCACGUUUAUUACGAUACUUCAAAAGUCUCUCUCCCUCUUACAUGUGACACGUCACUGGGGGUGCUCUUAGUGCUGAUGUAAAGAUGGCGACUGCCUACGAGAGCUUCAAUUUGCAUACAACCCCUGAGAGAUUCUUUAUUGAGGCUUGUGAUGAUGGGGCAAAUGAUGUCCUUGCCAUCGACAGGGUGUCAACAGAGAUGACACUCACUGUGAGGAAGGAUAUCCCUCCGUCAGCAGUGACACGGCCAGUAUGUGGCAUCAUGGGAACAAUCAGAUUAGUGGCAGGCAUGUACCUCAUUGUGAUCACAAAGAAGAAAAAGGUGGGGGAUCUGCUUGGGCACUUGGUUUGGAAGGCUGUGGAAUUUGAUGUCAUCUCGUACAAAAAGACAGUCCUUCACCUCACCGAUAAUCAGAUGCAGGACAACAAGACUUUCCUGUCCAUGAUCAACAAUGUGUUGAACACAGACGGUUUUUACUUCGCCACAGACUAUGACCUUACCCACACACUGCAGCGCCUGGCCAACACCAGCCCCGAGUUUCAGGAGAUGACCCUUCUAGAGAGAGCGGACCAGAGGUUUGUGUGGAAUGGACAUCUGCUGAGAGACUUCAUGACUCAGCCUGAGCUACACAAGUUCGCCUACCCUGUGGUGCAUGGUUACAUCACAAUGCACUCCUGCUGUAUCAACGGCAAGAUCUUCGGCUGGAACAUCAUCUCCAGGAGGAGCUGUUUCCGAGCAGGAGUGCGGUAUUAUGUGCGAGGCAUUGACUCUGAAGGCCAUGCUGCCAACUUUGUGGAAACAGAACAGAUCAUUCAGUACAAUGGCUCAAAAGCCUCAUUUGUGCAGACUCGAGGAUCCAUUCCCUUCUACUGGUCCCAAAGGCCAAACCUCAAAUACAAGCCCAAACCACAGAUUAGCAAAAAUACCAACCAUCUUGAUGCUCUCCAAAGGCAUUUUGACUCUCAGAUCAUCACAUAUGGGAAACAAGUGAUUUUAAACUUGAUUAAUCAGAAAGGUUCCGAAAAACCCUUGGAACUUGCCUUUUCCAAGAUGGUGUCCAGUUUAGGGAAUGGCAUGGUGAAGUAUAUAGCAUUUGAUUUCCAUAAAGAGUGCAGUCGGAUGAGGUGGCAUCGCCUGCAGAUUUUGGUGGACAUGGUGGCUGAGAUGCAAGAUGAAUUUGGUUACUUCCUGGUGGAUGCCGAUGGCUCUGUGAUUGUUCAGCAAGAGGGAACAUUCCGCAGCAACUGCAUGGACUGCUUGGACCGUACCAAUGUGGUGCAGAGCCUCCUGGCCCGCCGCUCCCUCCAGUCGCAGCUACAGAGAAUGAGUGUCCUACAUGUGGGCCAGAGGGUCGAGGAGCAGGCCGACUUUGAGAAGGUCUAUAAGAAUGCAUGGGCGGAUAAUGCCAAUGCAUGUGCCAAACAGUAUGCGGGCACGGGGGCGCUGAAGACGGAUUUCACACGGACAGGAAAGAGAACCCAUGUGGGCCUCCUGAUGGACGGCUGGAACUCCAUGAUCAGAUACUACAAGAACAACUUUUCUGACGGAUUCAGACAGGACUCUAUAGAUCUUUUCUUAGGUAACUAUGCGGUGGAUGAGGUGGACAUGAGCACACCACUUCAUGAGCCCAAAGACUGGAAGUUCCUCACGUUGCCCAUUAUUAUGGUGGUGGCAUUCUCUAUGUGCAUAAUAUGCCUCCUUAUGGCAGGUGAUACAUGGACAGAGACGCUGGCCUACGUGUUGUUCUGGGGCACGGCCAGUGUUGUGACGGCUGGCGUCAUCCUCUUCAACGGCCGCGACUUCGUGGACGCACCCAAGUUGGUGCAGAAGGAGAAGCUGGACUGAAUGUGCGCGUGUGGAAAGCAGCUGGGUCCCGCCGACACCCUCAACUCUUCGUCAUCCUCCUCCACCGGACCCUCCUCCUUCCCGCGCCUUCGGCAGGACUGGAGUCUGUACUGAGCAGCAGAGAGGUGGAAGGGUUAAGCAGACGAGGAGAGGAGGAAGGUUUGGGGGUGAUAUGGGCCGGGGCGGGACUGGAUUGGACGGUGAGGGAGUAGCUCCAGGGACAGAUCAGAGACUGGACGAGAGGGCGCCCUCACCGUGGCUGCUGUCCACACAUACAAGGAUAAAACAUGGACGCAUGUGCACACACACACACAUACACACACAUACUCACUUAGAUGCACGUUGCUGUGUAGUGGGGGAGACCAGGUAUGAGAACCUUCCCAACUCCCAGCCACUGCAACUUCAUUGAGAUCAGGGGUUUUCUUCAUCUCUCUCUCACCAUCUUCUCCUCUAGUCUCCAUUCUCAUGUUCUCUCAUGUCUCUCUCUCUCUCUCUCUCUCUAUCUCUCCUUUCCCCUCAUCCACCUGACACCAUGAGGCCAGUCCGUUCCCUGGUCUCUUUAUCAACUGAGCUUUUAAUUACCCAUGAAGCCAUUCUGCAGUUGCGCUGACGCCACACUGCCAUACCCCACAUACACAAACUCUGAUGCCAGCUCUUCACAUGCUAGCCUCAUCUCCUCCCAGAGUUUUGCCAAAUCUGUGAGCAAGGAAUGUUCUUCCACAAGGGAACAAUCUUCUCAUCAAAGGUCCAUUGUUCAUACAGCUAAGACCUGUGGCUGCAUCUCAGUGUUUAGCGGUUUGUAGGCUUCCAGCAGUAACACGGUCAUCAACAUAGGAUUUUAUUUCUGCUGAAUAUGUACAAUAUUAUAUUUUGCCUUUAUUUUUGACAUUAUUAUUACCUUGAUUUUGGGGUCAUCCUUGUCCAUAUGAUAUGAAACAGUAACUGUUGAAUGAACAACAGACUGCGAAGGGAAGGUUAGCUUUUGGAAGGGGCAUGCAGGAACACUACAUGUGCUAAUAAGAACUUGUUGGAGCGAUGCUUACAGUAAGUGUCCUAUGGCAGUCUUUGGCUAUGCUGCUUUCCCAAGAUGGGGAAGAAAAAUGUGUGGGAUUUUUUUUCAUCACUGAACCGUGCCACGUCUCGUCACAUCCUCCUCCCUAUGUCCCUCUCCAUUCCUCCUCUCUCAACCCCAUGAUUUGCUUCUUUGUAUUCCCUUCCUCUCCUUCUGUCUCAUGUGUGCUGUUUACUGCUGUGUCUUUGGGGCCUCUGCGUCAGACUGCCUUACGCUUGGGAUGGGAGUGGGGAAUGCCUUGUCUUUGUGUGCUUGUGAGAUGUUUAGUGUACACUGUCCCAUCAUGGCACAGCAAGAAGCAGGAUGUUCUCUUUUCAAACUCUGCUAAUGGGACAGUGCACCUAUAAUCUCCAUUAGUGUGGUCACACACGAGGCAGUCCACCCUUGCAUCUUCCAUUCCAGUCAUAGUAAAAUGGUUCUUAUUCAAUAUGCCGCCAUACUUUCAGCAUACUCUGUAUUCUCCCUUAUGACAUGGCCUCAAAGGCGACAUAUCAUUGGAUACCUUUUGUGUCCCUUCUGUUUGAAAACAGCAUGUACAAAUGUGUCCAUCAUGUGCAACUGAGUAGCAGAUCUCAGUCUGUUACUUUCUUUGCAGGUCCCUUAUUUAUGUAUCAAAAUGUCAGUGUUUAAAGAUACAUAAUUUAUUUACCAUUUACAAUUUUAUCCAUGAUACCACAAUUGUGCCCACAAUUUUGUGACACAAAAUACCAUGUGUCUUUGGUGGUAAGAGGCUCUGGCUUUUGCCCUUCUAAUAAUGUACUGUAUAUAUUUUCCUUUGGAGCAGUGUAGACAGUAUGCUUGUCAGUAGACACUAUUGUUAUUAACUUGCCAAAUUAAACAUGCCUGGACCUUCACCACCAUAGUUAAGAUACAGUAUUUAGAGGAAUAAAUGACAUGUUAUGAAAGAUAUUUUUAGUGGCUUUGACUGAAUCACCUUGCUCUACACUGUUUCUUAGGCAUGGGCCUCACAAUGGGAAAUGGCAGACUUUUAAAUGUAUUCACAUAACACAGCACUUUCCCAAUGAGUUCUUAAAUUAUUAUCAGUUUUGGAUAAUUUCAUCAGCUCUUGUUGGCUAAUUAUUUGGGAUGUUUCUUUUGUAAUAAAUAUUUUGAUUCAUGGGAAUAUGUAAUGUCAAUAUUUUAAGUCUGACGUCUGUCAAGGAGGUUUGUAAUAAAAGAUGUCAAUCUUAAUACUUAA